GGGACAUAAAGUCAUGUCCAUCAUAAAUUGUGUAAUUCUUACAUUUCACAGGCUUUUAAGAUGAAUGAUGAGGUGCUGUGGUCAGUUGUACAAUUUUGGAAUGGUGGGACAGAUGUUGUUCUUCAGAGUUGGUUGAAAGACAAGACCAUGUUAUGGCCACCCCAAAAAAUAAACAUUACCAAAGCUCUUCGAGACAAGAUGGAACCAGAUGACAAAUGGGUCUCCUACAACAAUGUCCGCCAACUUGUUACCUGUAAAACUUAUGAUGAAGCUAGACGACGAGAAACCAAGUACAACUCAACAAUGUGUGCAACCACUGAAUUAGAAACCGAGGACGAAGGAGAAGAAAGGCAGAAAAGAAAAAAAAGGCCAAAUCCAAAGUAUCUAGACUCAGACCCAGAUGAGCCAUCGACUGGUCACCUUAAGAUAAAACCGCUUCCCAGACCACCUGAUGUGGGCGUUCCAGGAGGGAUGUCAAAUUACAGUCAAUUCCAAGAGACGCCAAAUUACUGCCAGGCCCAGGCUGUAUGGUCCCCAGAGCAUACAACGGAAGUUGGUGACGUUUACAGCCAUUCUGACAACUUGAUGCCUGAUCCAAGUAACAAUACAACACCAAGAUCAAACCAUUAUGGACAUCUUAGGCCCUCACAACUGUCAAGAGAUGUUGUGUUUACAGGUGCCUGUGACCAACGAUCAACACAUGAGCAAGUUCACAAUGAAAUGAUGUCAGCAUCCGGUGCUGUGCAAUACCAUCAGUUGCAGGUCCCACAGGGAGAAAAUUUAUUCCCACCCCACAUUUCCAGGCGAUACACCCCCUUGCGUGCUCAUCAACAUGCUCAAAACGGUAUGCAGUACUGUCUUCUAGGUCAAUAACCACAACUUACUAAUGAAAUAUCAAAUAUCUUGUCAUUUUUUAUGCCCUCUAAUGUCGGAUAAGUAGACAGUUUUUUUGUGUGUGAAGUGUGAAAGGGAAGAGCUUUAUUUUCUUAUAGAAGGCAUUGCUCAAGAGUGAUCAGUAGUAGAUACAUUUUCAAGUGGGUUGGCAGUUUGAGCCAAAUAAGAGAGAAAAUAGUUGUAAUGGUCUUGUAAUACCACUGGGAAGGCGGCCUGGGUAGGCUGAUGAAUUUUUUUUUAAAUUUAUUAUUAUUAUCUUUAUUUCAUUAAAAAAAUAACACAACAGAUACUAAACAAUAUUCAUGAAAACACAAUAUAUAUUUGAAUGAAAGGGAGCAGAUAGAAGAAAAAAUCUUAUAAUUUCUUUGUUUGUGUUGAUGGUAAAGAAAUGCAUAUAAUUAACAUACGUUGUCUUUAUAGAUGUGACCAUGCAGGCUGACAAUGAACAUAUUUUGAAAGGUAAGUAUUAGAAACUGUUAUGCUCUGCCACAUCCCAAUGCAUGGUCAGAUCUUUUAUUACUAGAGCUGCAGCAAACACAUUUUUUUGAUUGUCGACUAGUCACAGAUUAUUUUUGACACUGAUCAGGUCAUGCAUACACGGAUGCAAAACAUACAGCUUAUUGCACCACCAUUCAGCUGGACGGGAUGAUAGUUUGAUAAACUUAAUGAACUUUGGACCUUGUAGCAACAAACAUUAACUGUAGCAAAAAGUGCAACAUUCCUGUAAGUGUUCAAAACUGCUGUUUGCUUAUUGGCUGCAGCACAGCACACAUGUUCUUCAAGGACAGAAAGGCAGACAAGGCAAUGGAAGGUACAGUGGCACAGGGUUUCCCCCAGAAAAUGUGAUAAGCCUCGCAGACCAGACCGUCUGGGAUGAAAACUGUGUUUGACAGAUCAUUCUGUUGGACGGAUUGUUAAGUUCCGCUGCUGUUUCUCUGCAGUAUCAGUUGAGCCAAGCAAAGGCUUAUAAAGCGCUGGGGGAAACCCUGGUGGCAGUUUGAGGGAAAAAAUGCAUAUAAUUAACAUACGUCUUAAAAAAUAAAACGUCGAUAACUAAAUUUGUCGCCAACGAUUGUACUAGUUGACAUAAUCGUGACUAAUCGACUAAUCAUGGCAGCCCUACUAACUAUUAAAUACUUCACCACAAAAGUAUUCAGUACAUUUUUGUCUCAUGAAAAUUUGUUUACUUUUUUAAGACAUUGCCAUCCGAAAGAUGACUGAAAUGCUUUCCCAAGUACUAGUGGUUGUGAAGGAAGUAUCAAGAGAUGUACAGUUCAUCAAGAGUGAAUUGGCAGAUGGUAAAAUUACUCCAGCUAGUUGUGAAGGACCACUGCCAGACACAGUUCAACAGAUGUUGCCCAUCCAGUUGCCAAUCACCUCUGAAGAUGACUUCAACAAGGCUGAAUUAUUGCUAAAAAAUGAGCCAGACCGUCAAAAGAUGAUUGCUCGCUUGGCCUUAGUGGGAGGCACUACCUCCACCUGUAUGAUUCGAAGAAUGCUUGUGACAGUUUUGACCAACAGCCUGGCCUGCAAGUUCAAUUGGGCAGGUAAAAAAAGGACACCGCAUGAUUCCAAGCAGCCGUUCAAAGACACAAUGAUGCAAGACUGCAUGUUUGCUGCUGCUCGGCAGUAUGACAGACAUCUCACGCAACAGGCCUUCAGCGACACUGUGAAAAAGUGGCUACGUUACGCCCCAUGGCGUGCUGGAGGAAAAAAGAACAACUAGAGGUAAAUGAAUUUGAUAAUACUAAACUGCCGUUUGCAUGAGU